AUGUCCUCUUCUUCGGAUACCGGAGUGUCAGACACGCUGGAUCCUAUGGCGACAGUCUCGGAAGACGAGAUUCUACCUGAGAGUGAGAUCCCUGCUCCUCUCCCAAUCGCCGCAGUUCCUGUCAAGGAUCUGCCACUUGACGAGUUAGCUGAUGACGACAUCGAUUUAUUCAUAGAGGGUCCCCCGGAGGGUGACCAGGAUGGUGGGGCCCCGGUGGAUGACGAUGUCCCACCUGCUGAUGUUCCCGUUGCUGACCCUGUUAUCCCUGUCAUUGAGCUUCCUGACAUAGAGGCUCCUUCUGAUUCGUCUGGUCCAGACUCGUUUGAGUCUGUAGCAUCCACUACUCUUCACGCUCAGGGCGUGCAGCACUACUCCCCCGAUGCUGAUUCAGACAUGGCGAUGUCUGCUUCACCCAUCGCUCCCCAUGACGUUGGCCCGGAUCCUGAGGUCGAGUUCGUACCUGCUGAGCCUGCUCCAGUUGGUCCAGAGCCUGUGAUACCUCCAGAGCCUGUCAUUGCCCACGACCCUAUUGAUGUUCCAGCUGUUGCACUUUUGCCUGAUCCUUUACCAGAGCCUGAUCACGUUGAUAUACCAGUCGUGGCACCACCCGUUGUUGAUGCACCAGUCGAAGUACCACCGGUUUCUGAUGUUCCUAUUGUUGAUCCACCUCUGCCUGAUCUUGUGCCGGUGUUUGUUAACCGUGCACCAUUUGCCACACAUGUCGAUCCUAGAUAUGCUGACACCCAUAAUGGGUGGAUUGAGGACGACGAUUAUCCUUCUUUUGUUGUACCAGUCACACCCCCUGCUGCACCUGUUUUUGCACCGCUUGAUGUUCCCCAGUACCACCCGCACGUAUCUGAUGUCCACCGCAUGGAUUUACCCAUUACAUUUCUCCAGGACAUUCCUCCUCCCCGUCCAGGGGAAGGACCUUCUACAUAG